AUGAAUAUUGGUUUACCAUCAUCCGCCUCCUUCCAAGAUGAAGAGGAAGAAGAUCUCCUUCAAAAGAUGUGGAAGAGGUGUAAGGAGAACCCUGCUGUACCCGUUGGGACAUUACUUACCACCGGUGCAGUAACCUUAGCUGCACUUUCAUUAAGAAGAGGUGACAAAGUAAAAACACAAAUAUAUUUCAGAUAUAGAAUUGGGUUCCAAUUAGCCACUUUAGUUGCGUUAGUUGGUGGUGGGAUGAUGUGGCAGCAAGAAACCCAAAAGGCAAAGCUUGACCGUGAAGAGAAGAUGAGAUUAAAGGCAAAAGAAAGAGAACAAAUGUGGAUCGAGGAAUUGGAAAGAAGAGAUGCAAUUAUUCAAUCGAGAAAACAAAGAUUGGAAGAAUCAAAGAGAGAAUUACGCGAGCUUGCUAAAGAAGGAUUCGACGCAGAAAGAGAAGAUGAAUCCAAGAAGGAUUAG